GCAACAUUUUACAAUAAUAACAACGAAAAUGUUUGCUGGCAUCUGUUGCCUUAUCAAGAGAAAAUUCAAAUUCCUCUGCAGAAGUGUGUACUAUUCUAGAAGCAGAAGCACUUUCCGAAGAUUACGAUGGGGAAAAUAUGUGCGGCAGUUGGAUGCAACCAGAAAGCACCAGGCUCAUUAUUUAGGUUUCCGCAUGAUCCUGUGAGGAGGGAAAAAUGGCUUGUUCUAUGUGACGAAGAUCUACGAGCAAGAGAGCGAAAAGUCAGUCAGUUCCAGCAUCGAAGAUUAUGCUGGAAGCACUUCGAACCUUGGUGUUUCGUAGAUGCUGAUAACCCUUCCAAAGGGACAAAACUUAGUCGUUUGGAUUACAUCACUAUGGCUCUCUACGUCUUUUACCAAAAGUUCUAGUCUAGUCCUUUAGCUUAGUCUUUGAUCCGCGCCUCACAUGCCUCAUAAGGACAUAUAAUUGCCUAGCUCAUCCACAGAUCUAAAAUAACAUGAAUAUCAGGUAUAUUUGUAUUGUUCAUUCACACAAUGUGCUUAUUAUACGUCUCGAAUGACUCGAGAAUUGUCGAUUUUGACACGUUUCACGUAAGACGACCGUAUAUUUCAAAUGGGAUGUAUCGACAAUUCUCACUUCAUUCGAAGCGCCUUAUCUCAUACGAGACGCAGAAAAAUCACAAACAUGUAACAAGUAAUACAUAGACACUUUAACCGACUGUGUCGUGAAACCAGUAGUUUGCUGGACGCUGGAAAGCUGUUGCUGUUAGUGCUCCAUUCACGAAGGUAAUACUAAUGCGUCGCCGCAACACGGAAUCACGGCGAUUUAGAUGUCUGAUGUCGGAUAAGCCGUUACGAAUGUACAAUUUUCCAAAAAUAAUGUCAUUGAUUGGCCGCUCUGAAAAAUAACAUAGUAAGUAAUCAUGCGCCUCCAUGCUCGUGUGAUGCACAUAUUGCAAAAGGUGUUUGUAGAAGGAAUAUGGGAAGACCCCAGGUUUUUAUGAGAUAUCACUUUUUUAAAUCAAUCUUAAUAUUCUUCCAUAAUCUACUAUCCAACUGGAGCUUGGCCUGCAUUGCAACUUGUUAUUCUGUUAGCAAUCCCUCAGAUAUAAAUUGAAAGCUUUUUUUGCCCACCAUUACAUGAGAAUUUAUCUUUAUGGAUACGCUAUGCCAAAGGUGUCGAAAAUGUUUCCCACCAGAAAACACAUUUCUAUCUCUAAUGAUGUUGAAUUUUUAACUAUAGUUCUUCACUCAAAAUAUCACUUUUUAAUUAACGUUAUAGCCAUAUAUCAUAUUAGUUUGUACAUUACUCUCUGAUAUACUAUUUGCUGCACUGGGUGAAUUGAAAGGUGGAUUUGAUCGGGAACUUAUUAUGGUGCUUUUGGAUAUAAUAAAUAAUA